GUGAGCGUGAGCUGUACUUGUAUCAAAGUACAAAGAUUGUGUUUUAGUCAAAUCACAUUGAGAUGGUACAGUGAAUAACACAUUAAACCUGAGACAGGUCAUUUUGUAAUCGUUUUUCAACGUGCACGAUCAAACUAUUUUUUUUCUUUGCACCAAGAUCAGAUGAGAAUUCUGGGUAUCUCUCAGCUCAGUUUGAGGAGACUCAAUGCUGUAUUUUCUGCAGGCACCAUCAGAGACACCUCAAGCUCAGCCGCUAUGAGACUCGUCCAGUUCUGCCACAGAGGCGGCGAGGGGAGCGUCAGAGUCGGGGUGGAGCAGGCAGAAGGUCAGGGGGUCAUUGAUCUGAAAGCUUUCGACCCCUCCAUGCCUUCCACUAUGAGAGAGUUUCUAGAAAUGGGGCAAAAGGGAAUGGACUGUGCUAAGAGGGCUUUGUCCAGCGGUCAGCAUGCGGUGUCACGGUCAGAUAUCAGGCUUCUCUCCCCCGUGACCGGCCCAGAGAAGGUGGUGUGUGUUGGAAUGAAUUAUAAGGACCACUGCCUAGAGCAAAACGCCCCGAUUCCUAAAGAGCCCAUCAUAUUCAGCAAGUUUCCCUCCACCAUCACUGGCCCUUAUGAUGACAUCAUUCUACCAGAGGAGAGUCAGGAAGUGGACUGGGAGGUGGAACUUGCCUUUGUGAUUGGACGAAAAGGGAAGCAUAUCAAGGAAGAGGAGGCUCUUUCCUAUGUUGCAGGUUUCACUGUAGCGAAUGAUGUGAGUGCCCGUGAUUGGCAGAUGAAGCGCAAUGGAAAGCAGUGGCUGCUGGGAAAAACAUUUGACACGUUUUGUCCACUCGGGCCAGCACUAGUUACCACUGAAGCACUGAAAGAUGUUCAUAACCUGGGUAUCCGUUGCCUGGUGAACGGAGCCGCAGUUCAGGACAGUAACACCAGUCAGUUGAUCUUUCACACCGAGAAGCUGGUGGCUUGGGUCUCACAGUUUGUGACUCUUUGUCCUGGCGAUGUGUUUUUGACGGGAACGCCUCCAGGUGUGGGGGUGUUCAGAAAUCCACCCGUGUUUCUAAAGAGAGGAGAUGUUGUGGAGUGUCAGAUUGAUGAGAUUGGAUCGAUACGGAACACAGUCGUGUAACGGGAAGAUCUGCAACAUAGAUGCAAGUGCCAAUACGGAAUCUAAUUAUUUCAUAUUGUCAUCGUAAAACAAUGGAUUUUUUUUUUCUUUUAGCUGAAGUAAAUCAAAUAAACAUUAUGCUCUGGGCCACUUCUUAAAUAAAAACGUUUUUAGAAUGCAGCAUUUUAUUCGAAUCAUCGCCG